UGACCUUUUGACCCAUGACGUAAUUGUUCGGUGUCUGGAGCUAAGAGCUGAGCUGCUGCGCUACAUCCAGGUUUUUUUACACCGCUAUAUUUUAUCCCACCGGAUCCGGAAUGGCGUAAAAUUGUACCAGUUUGUCGGCUGGGGUUGUGAACGGGACAUGUGCCGCCAAAAGUGGGGACUGGAUCGCGGUAACGGAAGUGUGAGCAGUCGAUUUAUUUCACCUUGCCCCCCUCCCCCACAUCUUGGCCCCUGAUUAUUUUUCGUGACGUUGUUUGCUUUUAUAAAUAAGCGUCGUGCGGUCAUCUUACAUCGAUAUUACCGUCCUGUCAUCUCCCAAGGAUCAGAAGACACUAUUAUGAUGUCGUGAUGAUAGUUAUUCCGUCAGAAAUUAUGAAAAACUUGACUUGAACGAGGUAUAGUUCAAAGGGGCCCCGCCCCCCAAACAACUAGGGCGUGUGUCAAAAAACCCUGACCGGUUCAAAAUUUACACCGGAAAGAAACAAAAAUACGGAACCGAACAAGACUAAGCACGAUGGCAGCCAGUGAUUCUGGGGACAUCCGUGAGGGCUUCCUGUGCCCGAUCUGUAUGAAGGACUUACAGACGGUGCAGCAGUUACAGAACCAUUUUGAGGAGGCUCACAACACGGAGGCAGAUAAACAAGUGUUCCAGCAUCUGAAGGGGUUGUUUGGGAGGGCCAAGAGUAAGCUGUUGCGGCACGGGAGGGACCAGGAUGGCGUGAGGUCGGACCGGGGGACUGCGGUCGGACGCUCGGACAGCAGCGACCAGGUGGCCGCAAUCAGCACGGCGUACUACGUCGGCGGCGUGGAUCCGACAAUGUGGGAGCCACAAGACUUUGGCACCAGUCGCAGCCACAUGGAUAACUUCAAGAAGAUCCGUGAUGCAAGGAUUGACUUCUACGUCAUCGAGAUGAACAAACUUCUCAUCAGACUUGAGAAGAUGUUAGCAUUUGAUAGGAUGAAUCCAGAUCCAGUCAAGAAAAAAGAGUUUGAGAUAGGCCUGGUCCCCUGGGCGCCAGACGACGCGGUGCCGUACUGCCCCACCUGUGGGGAGAAGUUUAAUCUGUCCCGCCGGCGGCACCACUGCCGGCUGUGUGGGGGCAUCAUGUGUAACAGGUGCUCCGAGUUCCUCACACCGAUAUUCACAGCAAAGCUGGUAAACAAGGCAGGUAACCCUGUACAGCACAUCCGUGGUGAGGAGAAGGGCCACCGUCGGCAGGGCAGCGCAGGAACACGUGCCAUGGAGAGCCUGCGCUCACUGGUGGGCGAGGUGGUGGGGGAGGAGCCGCGGGAGGACGGCAUCAGGACCUGUCAGGACUGCAUGGCCGUCAUGAGACGCAGGGAGAGACAGAUCCAGGAGAAAACUACCAAACCUGUCAUUGUGCAACUGUACGAGAAACUGCGCAUGUUGAUGGACAAGGUGGAGGCCAUGUGUCCUGAGUACACCAAAAUGGCCGAAUCUCUCAAUGCUGGUGAGACCAGCUACAACCUAGAACAUGCCAACAACAUUCGCAGUCAGCUGAUGAGAUGUUACGAGGCCAUUGACACCAUUGGGAAAAAGAUUGCUACUAUGGGGGCGAGCGGAGCUGAACAGCAGCUGAGUCCCCAGGCCAUCCGUCUGCAGCAGGGCAUCCGCAAACACUGCACCCUCUUCAUCCAGGACAACGUCUUCGGCCUCCCGUCCUUACCCAGCGAGGACCAGCUCCGCAAGCUUCAGGAACAGCGCCGGUUAGAGAUCGAACAACGCUUAGCCUUGGAACGUCAGGCCGCGUUAGAAGCCGAGGAGCGACGGCGUAACGAGGAGCACAGAAAACGAUCUCCGGAAAAAGACAGAAAAGGCGGCGCAACAGCAUCAACCGUAGAUACAGCAAACCGAGAUCGGACAGAAAGUAUAGGAAAGGGGUGGACCCCCGCGGUAGAUUCCAGUAGCGUAGCGACCACUGAGACGGACCCAAUGCUUCAGCAGAUGGACAUCAUCAGAAGUUUUGUAGAACAGGCCAGGGCUGCGGGACGUCUAGACGAGGUAGAAAUGUUAGAGGCCAAUCUGAGAGAACUCCAGCAGGAGUAUUGGAGACAACACAGGAGACAGGCGUAUCAGGAGUAGGAUAGGACCACAGUCAAUCAUGCAAACAUAAUACUAUCAGUAUCACCCACCUAAGUUAGUCUCU